UUAAACAAGCAUCUCAACUCACGUGGGAGCUCCUUGCACCUGUGAGUCCCCGCCCACCCCUGACGUCACAGACCAACCUGAGUUUCAGGCUCCGACAGAAAAGAGUCCCAGAGAAGAAGAAAGCCCUGUUAGGAUCCAACACAGACAUGAGGCUACACACUGCCACCAUGCAGGGCAUUAAAGGGACAGUACAGAUGUUUACAGCAGCAGGGCGAUGAUGGCAGAGGCGGCAACCCCAGAUCUGUUCUCAGAGCAGGAGUUAACCUGCUCCAUCUGUCUGGAUCUGUUCAACCAGCCGGUCUCCACUCCCUGUGGACACAACUUCUGUCAGGCGUGUAUUGGAGGUUACUGGGCGUCUGGCGCGGCAUGCACCUGUCCUCUCUGCAAGCGCCAGUUCGAUGAACGCCCUCAGCUCAGCGUCAACAAAGUUUUCGCUCUCAUCGCCGAGAAAUUCAAACUGAUCCGCUACGGCGCCGCGGGGUUACCCUCGUCGGUCGGGAACGGGACGCCGGCGCUCGCGGUGACCCCAGACGAUCCGUCCGUGGUGGCGGUGGCACCCGGUGAUGACGUGGUGUGGUGUGACGUGUGCACGGGCCUGAAGCAGCCGGCGGUCAGCUCCUGCCUCACCUGCACCGCCUCGUACUGCUCACUGCACCUGCAGCCGCACCACAGCACGCCGUUCUACGCCAAACACCCGCUGAUGUCACCGCAGGACGCGCUGCGGGGGCGCACCUGCCGCGUGCACCGCCGCCUGCUGGAGGUGUACUGUCGGACAUGUGAGCGCUGCAUCUGUGCCCUCUGUGUGCUGGAUGAACAUCGGAUCCACAAAACGGUCUCGGUGCAGACGGAGAGACUCACCAAACAGAAGCAGGUGGCGAGGACGGAGCAGGAGAUCCUGAACCGGAUCGGACAGAAAGAGAUUCAUGUUACUCAGCUGAAGAGGAAACUGGAUGCAGUCAAGAGCUACGCAGACGGCGAGCGCGGCGAGGUGGAGCAGCUUCUGGACGACGUGGCGGUCUCUCUAGACCGGAUCCGGUCCCGCGUGGUGGGGGGGAUCCAGAUCCAGCUGGACGGCGUAAUGGAGAAGGGGACGGGGCUAGUGAGGCGUCUGGAGGCGGAACUUAGUCAGCUGACAGAGAGGAGAGCAGAGCUGGAGAAGCAGGCCGUCAGCCAGGAUCACAUCGGCUUCCUACAGAGUCUGGACUGUGCGGCGGCCCCCCUGGCCGAGGACCAGGAUGCUGAUCUGGAUGAAGAGUUCUCAGAGUUUUCUCUCAGCUUCCAGCUGGAUGACGUCAAGAACUCACUGGCCGACAUCAGGGACAGGAUGGACCUCAUCAGGAUGGGGGGGGGACCAACCCCCAGGGGGGGCUCAGUGUCCAAUGAGCUGACGGCAGCAGAGAGCAUGCUCAGUCUGAGAGGAAGCUCGGCCAAUCUGAGGAAGAGUCAGUGGUCUCUGAGAGAUAUGAAGAGGAUGAAACAUGUCUCAGGACAUAAGAAGGUGCGAGUCUACAUGGAGGACGUGGCGUUGAACCCCGUGACGGCGUACCCCUUCCUGAUCCUGUCCUCAGACAGGAAGCAGGUGAAGCGCGGCGAGACGCUGCAGUUCUUCCGGAGCAGCCCGCAGCGCUACGAUGUCUGGUCCUGCGUCCUCGCCAAGGAGGGCUACGCCACUGGACGCCACUACUGGGAGGUGUUUAUCGGCGAGAGCAGGGACUGGAAGCUGGGCGUGGUCACGGAGACGGCGAGCAGGAAAGGGCUGUUUGACAUGAGUCCGUCUAACGGGUACUACGCCCUCUGGUGGAGCGGAGGCCAGCUGAGAGCGCUCACGGCCCCCCCCCUCACUAAGGUGAAGAGCCCCCCGAGGCUGCGUCAGGUGGGCGUGUUCCUGGACGUGGACGAGGGUCACGUGACCUUUUAUAACGCCAAGUCUGGCUCGGAGAUCUACAGCUUCAGCGGAACCGCAGAGUUCACCGAGAGGAUGUUUCCUCUGCUGGGGACCGGGGACAAAGAGACGCCGCUGGUGCUGAUGACCACGCAGCCCGAUGCCUGAGGGGGGAGGGGGGGAUAAUGGGGGAAGAAAAGAGGGGAACACCUGGACGGUUCUUGACAUCAAAAAGUGCCAGAAAACAUCGGAACAAAUGUACAAGAUGUUUGAGAAAAAGGCUCACAAGUGCAAAAAAAACGUUAAAGAAAGCACCAAAAACAUCAAAAGGGGGGGGGGGGCAGAGAUAGAGGGGAAAGAAAGAGGAGUUUUUUUGUUUUUUGUUGACAUUUAUGUUGCUUUUUUUUCAAAAUGUUUGUAGCUUUUGUCUUGACUUUUUUGUCGCUUGAUUUGACAUUUUGUUGCUAUUUUCUAAAAUCUCUAGACGCAUCGGUUAGUUUGGACGUCAGCCGAAAAACAAACAAUAACCAGCAAAACCUAAAGAAAAGGGAGGAAAAGAAGUUGAGAAAUGCCUUAAUAUAAACCUGAAAAUAAGUUGUUAUGCUGCUGGAAGAAACCACUGGUUUGGGAGGGGGGGGGAUUAAGAAAUAAAUAUAGGAGAUUUAAUAAACAGAAGUUGUGUAAUAAGUAAAUUAUUAAAACUUGUGAAGAAGUGUUUAAACAUGUCAGAAUAUGAAGGAAAUGUUUGUUUUUAUUAGACAUAUCACCUUUGAUGGCUCCGCCCCCUUUACCUUUCAGCCAAUGGCGAGGCUCCGUUGAUGUUCAAACUGUUAAAUAGGAUUAAAUAAAGACUCCUUUUCAUCUCUGUGGACUUGAA